CUUGCCACAUCCUUUAGCCUUGAGACAUGCAGACUGAUGAUCAAUAUAUUGGACAGGGACCUGUCCUGCACUAUGGGCUUUAAUGAGUUCAAGGACCUGUGGCAGGCUCUGAAUGGGUGGAGGGGGACCUUCGCAUCCUUUGCCCGGGACCAGAGUGGGACAAUAGAGGGCCAUGAGUUGCAGCAGGCCAUCAACUCCAUGGGUUACAAUCUGAGCCCUCAGGCUAUGAACUGCAUCAUGAAGCGCUACAGUCUGAACGGCAGAAUCCCCUUUGAUGAGUUUGUGAGCUGCGCUGUGAGGCUCCGCGCCCUCACCGAUCAAUUUCGAAGGAGGGACACAACCCAAACUGGCAACGCCUCAUUUCAGUAUGACGAUUUUAUCCAGAUCACCAUGAGCAUUUGAAGAGGACAGCACUAAACAGAGGGACAACCACCACUUUUUAAAAUCUUAUAUUAAUGGCAUUUUCUUCACAUGUAUUUUUACACACAUUAUUUUACAAAAUGUCACUGAAACAUUCCAUUUUACCAAAAACCUUUUGUAAAGUAAUGCAUAGUGUUAAAGUUAAGAACAAAUAACCUCGGUGUGUGCUAGUGUCAUUUGAAUGCCUGUAUACUGGAGCUUAUUAGUGUCACUCUUACAUCUGCAUGGGCUCUUACCACUAGAGUAAUGAUAUAAACAUGCAGGCUGGUCAGUGGCAUGCGAACAUUAA